AUGUUCGAAGAGAAAUCAAAUAGCAUAGCACGAGUAUACUUUUUUAGCCUAGCAUCCAACUACGGCAGAAUAUUAAGUAGAAAGAAUAACGCCAUCAGAGCGCUACUACUGCUGUUAAUAAUUUCAACGUCAGUUUGGCUACUGUAUUCCAAACCUUGGGCAGCAACAUCACUGUCACAAGAUGCUUUCGGCGAUAAGACCGCAGCAGACACGGUAAACGAGACAUCACAAUCUAAAGAGCAAAUAGACCUAAAUGUCACGAUAAAUUCGAGGACCAGCGCAUUUACGAGAGAACAGUUUACUGAGAAAGCGUUAAGCAAGAAUGGACUUAUUCCUGUGACCGCUGUGCUGUUAGGAUGGAAGCGUCUAGAGGGUUUGCAGAUCAUCGUUUCUUAUAUUUCAAAGUAUCCGUUCAUUAAGGAGAUAAUUAGAGAUUUCACCCUGAAUAAUACUGAUGUUGUUUUACAUGUCUUCAAUUCGGAUGAGAAUCUUCAUGAUUUAUCAAAGUACACAACGUGUGCGAUGGCCACAUACGACUACUGCUAUUUCCAAGAUGACGAUUGGCUCAAUUUAUACAUGGAUAGUAUCUACAGCAACUUUCUGAGGAGUCCUAAUCUUAUUCAUUCUAAUACAAUGCCAAUCAUUCAUCUCGAACAUCGCAGGUGGACAUUCACGAAUGCUGAUAAAAAGCUUCACACUGGGUUUACAUGGCUUGGUUGCGGGUCAUUUGUCCCCAGGGCUAAAGUACAGCAGUUCCUUAGACAAGUUGGGUCAACUGCCAUGCCCAAGGAUCGUCUUCGUCUCCUGGAUAUGUACUUUUCAUUGUGGACAAAUCAGUAUCCAUAUCAGCUAUCCAACCCAUUGACUCCGUUAGAACAGGAAGGAGCUUGGAGCACUGGAGUGGAUCAAUGGGCGAUCGUAUACGCUAAUAUUCUUGAUGCAGUUCAGAGACUGUUUAAAGCUCUCGCAGUUAACACUGGUUCGGAAUAUUAUGUAAGAGAUGAAGAGAGGCCAAUGUUUAAUAAUCGCGAUGUCAGAGCUCCUUGCACAAAUGACAAAUGUCUUUUUCUCACAAACAUUGAUCCGUUCCCUUCUCCAAGGAGCGUGUAUUAUGCAAAUAAUAUCACUCAUGUUCACGAACAAGAAGCUAGAUUUAACCGACUAAAUUUCCCCAGCAAUGAUUUUUGGGAUAAGCAUGCUUAUCAUACGGCAGUGGACACAAAUGUCAACACUUGUUGGAACUCUUUCAAAAAUCCUAAAUCAGGCGAUUACUUUGGACUACAAUUUGUGGUACCUAGAAAAUUCAAUAAGAUAACGUUGACAUCAUCAAAAGAUAUCAGCAAAUACGACGCAUCAUUUAAUAUCCAUAUUUCUGAUAAUGGCCGUGUAUGGAAAACGUGUAACAGGCGUAAUCUAACCGAUAAAGAGAAUGAAGAAUAUCUUUCCAACUCCCAAAUUAAUAGUAUUACAAUAUAUUUUGACUGUGGCACGAAAGGUGAAGAGCCAACGAAAUUUGUGAAGAUAUCAACUUCGCGCAAUUUCCCCGAGCCAUUAGAAAUAUGUUCGAUUAAAUUAGAUGGACUGGAAGUCUAA